AUGAUGAACAGCUCAUCGAGGAAUACAGGGCCAAUCCUCAACGCCGAGGGCACGGUACUUCCUGGGAUAUCCGAUCUCUUGCUCAGCAUCACAGCAGAGAGUGGGAUCGAGAUCAAAGCGCCUGCACCAAGGAGAACAGUCCCUGGAGGACUCGGAUCGUAUACCUUGCCAACAAUCCACCAGCAGCCACCAUCACCUCCGUACACUGAGCCACCAUCGAUAUGCUCAACUCCCGUUAGGGCAGAAGCUGCAUUGGAGGAUCUCCUCAACCAGCAAGACCCGGAUCCCAUGGUGCUGAUACAGCUCAUCUCUCGGCUGCUCGACGAUUCUGUGGCGCCUGCUUAUCGGCAGGGUUGGUACCGACCUGAUUCUCCCAGUAACAAAUUCAGUCAGAGGCUGGAAGGAAAGCUGGUGGGAUUUACCAAGAAUGAUCUUGUCAGAGAGUUUUUCCGCCGCAACGAAGCACGCCAGGCAUAUGGGGAGCAAGUGACGAUCCCGAGAAGACCAAACCAAGAGGUGGAGGACCUUGAGAUGUCGAGAAUGAACCCAGAAGGUAUGGCCAAAUCAUGCAAACGUCAAGAGGGGAGGGAGGAUCACAAGCAGCUUGAACGGAGCAGGCGUGACCGCCACCGAGACCUCCAACUGAAAAGCGCUCUUCGUUGUUGCGAGAUUGCCACUGAGUGUGGUGAAAGACAUGCGGAUGAGGAGAAGUUUCUCCAGAGCACGAAAAGGACGCGGACAAAGGGACCAGGAAAGGACGAGCAGCUCUUUACGGCCAUCUAUUCUCACGAGUUCAGUGCACGAGUGGUGCAGUCGGAACACGAUGGGCGUACGCGCGCGGAAAAGUUGGUCCGAUUGUUGCUCCAGUAUCUCGUCAGAGAACACAGAUCGAACCGCGGUGCUCGCAGAGAUGGGAGCAACCAGGACUUGAUGGAAUCAAGCUCAUCGGAGCGACGAACAUGUGUUGGCAAGAAGCGGCCUCGAAGUAACUCGGAACAAGAGGGUGGGCAUGCUUGGGCGUGCGGCAAAGACGAUGGACAAUGGUUGCUUCAUCCCCCAUCAGCGAACAGUCGACGGGAGCUUCACCGCUAA